AUGUAUGACGAGUUCGUGGAAGAUUACGAACCAACAAAAGCUGAUUCCUACAGACGAAACGUCCUUUUAGAUGGACAAGAAGCACACAUAGACAUCCUUGAUACAGCAGGACAAGAAGACUACGCCGCCAUCCGAGACAACUAUUUCCGCUCCGGAGAAGGCUUCCUCUGCGUCUUUUCCAUCACAGAAAAAGAAUCUUUCGAAGCAACACAAGAAUUUAGAGAGCAAAUUUUACGCGUCAAGGGCGUCGACAGCAAUACAGACUCCAUUCCAUUCAUUCUAGUUGGCAACAAAGUCGAUUUGGAGGAAAAAAGACAGGUAUCACUAGAAGAAGCCGAAGCGCGCGCCCGACAGUGGAAAGUCGAAUACGUCGAAACUUCCGCCAAAACUCGCCAAAACGUCGACAAAAUCUUCUACGACCUGCUGCGCAACAUCGCCAAGAAGAAAAACGCGGAAGCCGGCCCGGCAGUGAAACAAGUCAACAACGACAAAACCGGCUGCUGCGGCAAAUCGAAAUGCGUCAUUUCGUAG